ACGGGUACUCACAUGAAGUACCAAUUCCAGGAAGGCUCCGCGAAGCUAUUCUGCAAGAUCUUCUACGCAGAGCAGUUUGAUGCCUUCAGACGUAUAUGUCAUUGUCAAGACAAGUACAUCGAAUCCCUAGCUCGGUGCGUAAAGUGGGACUCGAGUGGCGGAAAGUCAGGAUCGGCGUUUCUCAAGACGCUCGACGAUCGGUUGGUCGUGAAGCAGAUGUCCCGCCUUGAAACCGACGCCUUCAUCAAAUUUGCUCCGUCGUAUUUCGAGUAUAUGUCGAAGGCGCUCUUCCACGAAUUGCCGACUGUCUUAGCCAAGAUCUUUGGAUUUUAUCAGAUUGGCUCGCGGAAUCCUUUGACUGGCAAGACGAUGAAGAUGGACGUUCUCGUGAUGGAAAACCUGUUCUACGAUCGCAAAACGUCUAGAAUCUUUGACCUGAAGGGUUCGAUGCGCAACCGUCAUGUGCAUGCCACCGGCAAGGAGAAUGAGGUUCUGCUGGACGAGAACUUGGUGGAGUUCAUUUAUGAAUCGCCUCUGUUUGUCCGUGAACAUGCGAAGAAGUUUCUGCGUGCUUCCUUGUGGAACGACACCCUGUUCUUGGCAAAGAUGAACGUUAUGGAUUACUCUCUUGUCAUCGGCAUUGAUGACGAUAGAAAGGAGCUCGUUGUGGGCAUUAUCGACUGCAUUCGCACAUUCACGUGGGACAAAAAGCUUGAAAGCUGGGUGAAAGAGAGAGGUCUUGUGGGCGGUGGAGGCAAGGAGCCUACUGUCGUUACUCCGAAGCAGUACAAAAACAGGUUCCGCGAGGCCAUGGAGCAGUACAUUCUCAUGGUUCCAAGUUGUUGGUUCACUGGCAACACUACUCUGAACCAUACAAGUCUCCGUCUGGAGAGGCCUAAUGAAGUUGAGUAACGGGGAUCUAUCUUGGCGUUAUGUUUGUUUAGGAUAUCAUGAAUACCCUCG